AUGGCUGCCAUCUUCAGCUGUGACAAGUGCUCCGAGGCAUACGCCAGCCCAGCAGACCUGGACCAUCACCGUCAAAUCCACGACUUCAACCACGAUCCCCGUCGAUUUGCUAGCCCAGCCAACGGAUCCAGAUCUCGGUCGAAGACUGUUGGCCAAGCCCGCGUUGAGCAAGUUGUUGCUACUCCGGUCGUUGCCACUCGCUGUUUCUUCUUUUGUUCUACAUGUAAUACUCGAGUUGAUUCUCCUUCCGAUCUGACAAGGCACAACGAACAAUAUCAUCAGUCAGCAAGCAUGGGAAAUGAGAACGGCAUACUUGAAGGCGAUACGCCUCAGCCUCCCCGUGAGAUACCAAGCCCAGAGCCAUCUUGGAGCCCUAGCUCGGCUUUCGGACCGCCUGCAUCUUGGGAACAAGGAAUGCAGAUGCAGAGCGCACCUCCAGUCAACUACUCGCCUAUCGAUCCUGUCCACCCUCCUAGCUCUCCCCCAGACUUGGUUGUUACUGUAUUCAGUCCGCAAUAUGUGGCUCACAUGCCGCCCAUUCCAGCAUCAAAUGCAAUCCAGACAGGCAAUGUCAGCUGGAUUGACUUUCUGGUUCCCAUUGAGGGACACGAGCCUUACAACCAAAUUGUUGAGUAUGAGGAUCCCAACUUUUCCCCAUUAAGUGACCAAUUCUGGCUGAGACCUAUUGAUAUGAAUCUCAGCGGCUACCAUUUCCCAAGCGACGUGCUAUCAGUAUCCCUGGAAAGCCUGGGGCUCCUUUUCGAUGUUGGUGGUGUUCCACGUAUAUAUGAGGCGGUUGAAGCACAGGCGCCAUUUCUCCCUGCAAUGAAUCUGCUCAAUCAGCUUUGCGCCAACUACUUUUCGUACUGGCAACCAAAUCAGCCCGUCUUUCAUACUGCUACAUGGAGUUUCAUCGAUUAUCCUAUGGCGCUGGUCAGCGCAAUGGCUUGCGUUGGCUCGACCUUUACUCAAGAGAGUCAAGUCCAACGACAAGCGAGUUACAUCAAUGAACGAUGUAUCUCGGAAAUAAGCCGUCUGACUGACGGCUCUCCGCAACACCAAGAUAUUGAAUAUAUAGCUGCGCUGUGCAUUCACCAGACAUAUUUGAUUGGAUCUGGCCACGAUGAAAUUCAUCAGCAUGCGGACAGAGUUCGCAGUUACAUGAUUCAGGGCCUGCAAGCACAGAACCUGCUGGGCCCCAAUCUCUUUGACCCCAACGAUAUAAUGCCUCCGCCUUCCUUGACUCCUGAUGCAGUACACAUAGAAUGGUGCGCAUGGGUCAACCACGAGCAAAAACUUAGAGUGGCCUGGAUGGUGUUUGAGUAUGACUGCAGCCUCUCACUCCUCACUGGCCGCCCUUGUGCUAUAGCGCUGGGCCAUCUGCCUACAGUAUUCCCCUGCGAGGAUGCACUUUAUAAUGCUCCAAACGCGUAUGCUUGGGCUGAACUUGUUUCGAAAGACGCAAGCCUUCAGGGACCAGAAGUCUCUAGUAUCAUAACCCUGACGCUAAACAGACUCAAUCUCCCUCAGACAACGUCUUCGUGGACCAAACGCCUUUGCGCGCAUAUUUUCGAAAGGCUCCUGAAAGGCCUUUUGGACCCUGACCAGCAGAAUAACACAAUCACUAGUGCUAGAGAAAUCAAUUUACACCUGACGUCUUCUUUCUCAAGCAUUCAGAUGAAGCUUCUUUGGAGUAUCAGCUAUUUGGGCAAGUCGGCUUCGAUCUAUAACCAGUCGCCCGCCACCCUUCAGACCACAAGGAACGUUGAUGAUUAUGACAUGCUAUCCACGUUCAAGUUGAAUUACCAAUCCAAUCACUUUGGCCUGUGCACUCGCAUCAUGUAUGCGAUAAGAUUCAUCACUCUCGCAGCCAUUUCGUCCCCGUCGGAUAGCCACCACGCAGAAUUACCUGUAAUGCAACAAAGGCUUAUCCUUGAACUCGCCAGCGUACCACAUCACGCUCGGCUCUACGUCUAUAACGCGGGGCAAAUGUUCAGAACUGCCAGGGAGAGUCCCCUCGUUACGCCGGUCGACUACCUGCGCAUCUUUACAGCCUAUCUCGCCAUUCUUGCGUUUGUCAAGUAUGGCCCUUCUUCGAGGUAUGACGUCCCUGGCGUCGACCCAUUUCAUGCAGAUGUGUUUCCAUUCUUCCCUACGAGCAGCGAUAGAUGGCUCGAGCAUGGCGGCCCGGCUACGGUCGGCGAGUGUGGUGUCUUUUACCCCGGGUGCUCGACGGAGCUCAUCAUGCGGGAUGCUUAUAGGGAACUCUGUAGCCCAGGUGGUUGGAAACUGAAGCGGAGGUUUUAUUGUGUUCUGGGUCGCUUUAACGCUCUUGAAGUGCGGCGCAAUUGA